UCAACUCCACCUAAAUUGUUGAUCAAAGACUUUUUAACCUUUCUUUGUAUCUUUGAAUAUUCCUAGUGUAUGAUUCAUUUCAAUCUAAGAUGUGCCGUUAUCUCUUUAAUCGCAAAUUUUAUUCCUGUUUGUAUCGUGCCUAUGUAGAAUCGGCCAGAGAAGAUUGCACAGUAAUAAAGUAUAAACCUGCGUUGUGUUGGACAAUUUAUUACAUAGUAUUUUUUUUAAUUAUACCAUCACUCGAUGUAUAUUACUUCUACGAGUAUGGCCUUGGUAAACUUUGGCCAGUUUGUGCACUCACACUGGUUACUGCGGCAGGAAUUUUUGUUUCGACUCUUAACGAAUUACUUAAAAGAGCAAUAAAAAUGUUAAACGCAAUGGAUACUAUUGAAACUCCUGCAUCAAGUGACGCAUCUGACAUUGAAUCUGCUAUUGCUGCCUAUCAAUCUGAGCAGUUUAUGAAUUGGUUCUAUAAGGGUCCUCAUUUAGAACCUUGGCCACAUUCAAGAAUAACACAGUCGGAAGACAGACAAGCAUUGAGAAACCUCCGUCAAAAUAAUAAAAAAUUCCGUCGAAAUUACGAAAAAUUAUGUUCUCAGCAAAGUCCAGAUUCUGCUGUUUCUGAGACUUCUUUCAUUGAGAGUGAGCAAGAUAGUUAUGACGAAAGUAAUUUACUUCCGCAAGCAGAACAUAGAAGUCUCCAUCCAUCGAGAUCAUCAGAGGAACACACAAAAGUAACACUCAGAAGUCGCCAUCCAUCUGGAUCAUUAAAGGAACACGCAGGAUUAACACUCAGAAGUCGCCAUCCAUCGGGAUCAUUGGAGGAACACGCAGGAUUAACACUCAGAAGUCACCAUCCAUCGGGAUCAUUGGAGGAACACGCAGGAUUAACAAUCAGAAGUCGCCAUCCAUCUGGAUCAUUAGAGGAACACGCAGAAUUAACACACAGUCUCAAUCCAUCAAUAUCAUCAGAGGAACAAGCAAUCUCAUCUACUUUUGUGACUGUAGCCGAAGUUCACAGAUCAAAUUACGAGGAGAGCGAUUGAAAAUAAAACUCACGAGAUGCACCAAGGAAGCAAAAGGACAGUACUUAAUGAAAAAUUUCAAGUAUACGUGUCUUAGCAGUUUGCAAUUGCGCAAGGAUUCAAAGGAUUUAAAAAUUAAGGUUACACAAUUUCUUUAUCUCCAGACUUUUCUCCUCCUUGCCAUGGUUACCAUAAGUGUAGCUUUUAUCCCCACGCAUAAACUGAGUCCAACUGUUUACUGUGAACCAUACUGCCUAGGGGAAAACAAAAUUUUGCGAAACCAUGGUGACAAAGAGGGAAAAGUGGGUCGAGAGUGGAAAUUUCGUAAUUUGGAAACUUCUAUUUUAUUUCAGAUAAAUCAAGGUUUUAAAAUGCAUCUUUUAGCGAGUUUUGUUUCCAUACGGUAUUUAAAAUUUUAAUUUUAAUUGCAAUCUGUUUCGUUUUAUAUAUGUAUAUAUAUAUAUUGCCGCGAUAUGUAUCAAGGACUUAAAUGCAUAUACAUUUUAAUUUUUUCAUAAUCUGUGUAUAUAAUUUUGAGAAAAACUACAGAUUUAAAAAAAUUUAUUUAAGUAUUUCGUAUAGAUAUUUACUUUAGCGAUAUGCUCCAAUGCUUUAAGACAUUUAGCUGUGUACCUUUGUUUUAAUGAUCUGAAUCAUAAGUUCUUUUAGCUGUACGCUUUUUAUGUCGAAAAUUAAAUCAAAAUUGUAAUUUAUACGCAUUUUAAUAGUAAUUACAUGUCUUAAGUGUUGUUCAAAAGAUUCAAAAAAUCGCAAAAUUAAUAUGCUUCGCUAUUUUUGAAAAUUUUAUAACACGCACUUUAGAACCUUUUAGAAACCUAAAUGUAUGAUUAAAGAUUUAAUAACAUUCUAUUUCGUUCAAAUUUAUAUCUUCAUGAAGAAUUCCAAGGAUAUAAAUAUUGGUUAUUAAAAAACUUUUUAAUAGUUUAUUUCUCUAUAAUUUCAAAUUUAUGUAGUUUUGAUUUAUUAAAAAUAUUUACUAAAAACAAAGCUUUUCCCUCUUUUAUCCACGGAUUUCUUAAACUAUGCUACUAUAUGCUUAAAUAUAUACUUAACUAUUACUUAACUAUAUACUUAACUUAUAUAAAGACUACAAAAAAUUACUUUCUUGUGGAAAAUUCUUAUUAUUUUUAAACUGUUUCCAAUGUUUUGUGAAACUAUAGCAAGUGUAUUUGAAUCUUGUAAAAUUAUAAUCAAAUAUGUUCUAAGGUAUGUUUAUGUAAAUUUAUUUUUCUCACGAAUAUUUUUAUUCAUUUGUUACAAUGAAUUAAUGUUUGCUGUAUGCUAAUAUGAGUUCUUGUGGUUCUUAAUAAAAAUAUUUUAUACAAUAA